UAUCAUGAAUCAGUAUUCUUUAUAAGACGUUCUAUAUAGUUCUGUUUUAAAACAGAUCAAAAACAACAUAUUUUUUAUUAUAAAAUCCAUAAACAACUUUAAAAUGAAUUGUUUAAUAAAUGAAGAACAAUUGGAACAAAAAGAAAUAGAAAGAGUUCUAAAGGAACUUAAUAAACAAUAUAAAAAAGAUAUUAAACUAUUACUGCUAGGAACAGGGGAGUCAGGCAAAUCGACUUUUAUACGGCAAAUGCGUAUUCUAUACGACAAUGGCUUCAGCGAUGAGGAGAGAUUGCAUCAUAUUAAAUUGAUAUAUGAAAAUAUUUUUAGUUCCAUGAAAAAUAUGAUUGCAGCCAUGGAAUUAUUAAAAAUUGAUUAUGAGAAAAGUGAAAAUGCCACUGAAAAUGCAUUGCUCAUAAAUAAAGUAAGUUUCAAUUGCGAUACUGACUUGAAAGAACCCUAUUUGUCGGCCAUCAAACAACUAUGGAACGACAAGGGCAUACAGAAAUGCUAUUUGCGACGCAAUGAAUACCAAUUAAACGAUUCGACUAAAUACUAUUUGGACGAUAUCGAUCGCAUUGCUCUGCCAGAUUAUGUGCCAACGAAUCAGGAUAUUUUAAGAGUUCGUCAGGCAACCACUGGCCUAAUUGAUUAUAAUUUUCAAGUGAAAAAUGUUAAGUUUCGUAUAACAGAUGUGGGUGGCCAACGAUCGGAACGUAGAAAAUGGAUGCAUUGUUUUGAUAACGUUAAGGCCAUAUUAUUUUUAGUGGCCAUUUCGGAAUAUGAUCAAGUUCUCAAGGAAGAUGAACAUCGCAAUCGUCUUAAGGAGUCGUUCAAAGUUUUCGAAUCCGUUUCGAACUUUUUCCAAGGCAUUUCUAUUAUAUUGUUUUUAAAUAAAAUUGAUUUAUUUGCUGAGAAAAUUAUGUACUCACAUUUAGAUGAGUUCUUUCCAGAAUUUAAGGGACCUCGUUGCGAUUACGAAGCGGCUAGUAAAUUUAUAUUGGACAUGUUUUUACAGGCACGACCCAAUAUGUAUCAUCGUUAUACCUGUGCCACAGAUACCCAGAAUAUUGAAAUGGUAUUUACUGCUGUAAAGGACAUCAUUUUAAAUACGAAUUUGGACAAAUUUGGACUUAUGUGAAAUGAAAACGUAAAAUAUCAACUUGUUGCACCUUUAUUUUUUUUUAUAAAUAAGUCUUUUUAUGUAUUACGUAUCAAUUUAAAUAUUUUUAAUUCAAUUAAUAAAUUACCUUUAAAAAAUCGAUUUUUCUAUCAUCCUCCAAUAGAGGAUAUAAGUCGCAAAAGGCCUACUUUUAUAGAUUUUCAUUCAAACAUUAAUUAUAUAUUAUAUCAUUUCAUCAGGAUCAUAUAUGCAUGAUUUUAUAUUCCUAUAUUUAAUAAUUCAGAAAAUAAAAAACGAACCAAUUGAA